AUGGACGAGUUUGAAGGGAAGUCACCCUAUCGGGUGCUUCCUCCAGACCAUUUAACGGGAUUUUCUAACUUGAAAUCUGAGACCUUCGAUAAGAACAUCAAGUUUUUCGAAGGUAUCGGCAAGUACAAUGAGUUACUCUCAAUUUCUGAAAAAUAUCUCGACAGUAUAAUGUUGGACCCACGCAUUGAGUCAUUGCAGCGUUUUGUUGAACCAUUAUGUAACAUAACAUCUGGCCUUCAUGUCAAAUUGUCUAAUCAAUUUGACAAACCUGUGUUUGAUUCCAAUACAUUGAGAUUGAUUCGGAACGUUUCUAUUGAUGAGUUAUCAACAGACAAUACAAUGAAGCAUCCUACCCCUAACAGCAUUAUAGAAGAAUCAAUAGAGUCCAAAAGAUCCUUAUCUAAAAAUAGUGCUCCAGAACAGAUGUACCGUGUAUCAACACAGACAACACAAUAUUCAUGUAAAAAAAGAAUCACAAUUCCCAAUGACGCAUAUGAUGGUGACUCUGAUAAACGCAUAUUUUUACACGUCACAAACAAGGAAAGCGAUGAACAAUUAGGAACAUUCUUGAGUGACAAUCUUGAGAAGGUUGAGAUAAAUAUUGACGAGUUUAUAAAGACUUGCCACCUUGAAGACACAAAACUAAUAUCCCCUAUGGAAUUUGACGCAUUCCUCGAUCAUGUCAAACCACAAAGUUUAAAGACUGACCUUUUCAAUCUUUGGUGCAUCAAGCCAAUUGGAAUGCAGCCUUCUGAUUAUUUGGAAAUUUUAUUAUCUGAUGAUGAUGUAUACACACGCCUCCUAACGUAUAUUAAGGACGAGAUGAAUUCCAUGGGCCACAUAUUGGAUCGAGAGAAACAAGUACUUUCAACCCUAAAGCACUUAUCCCACGUCUACGACAAGUUUGAUAAGGAGGAAAAGCUAUAUUUUAAUAUACUAGAGAAGAUGAAGCAUAACUUUUACAAGCAAUGCACUGACGUUCUACAGUGCACAAGACAAGAUUUGAGGCUUUCGAUUGGCCAUGGCUAUGUCCAAUGGGGGAGAAUAAGAAAUGUUAUUGAUUGGAAACCAGGGGAUAAGAUCAUUCGAGAGCAGGGGUUUGCCCAAGAGCUAGAUGAAAGGAAUCGCAAAAAAUUGAGGAAUUCCAUUAGGGAUAUUUUUGGAGAAGAACCUAUAAACUAUAGGUACACAAAUGUGUUGCUUGAGGGUCAACAUAUGUACUACAAAAAGGCUCUAAAUGAUUCAACCGAUCAAGAAAUGGAAUGGAAGCGAUUGCAGCUUAGUAGAGACAGGCAGCAAGUGUUGGCUGAGUUUUCGUCCAUAGUACCCAUUUAUUGCCCAGAAAAUUGCAUACCAUGGAAAUGCGUGGGUGUAUCAAAAAAUAACGUAAUAUGGAAAAUGUUUAACACAUAUGAAUGUAAGCCUGUAAUAGUCAAAUAUCGCAAUUUGAAGCCGCAUCCAAAAUGCAUUUAUGAUAGUUAUUUGGCGAAAUCUAAAUCUGUUUUGAAGACUUUGGAGCGCAAAUUUAGAAAUGUACAACGAAAUGUCGUAUUUGACAUCAAAUGUGAGAUUAAUGAGAAUAAACUAAUAAAAAUUACUCCAUAUAUAAACGAUUGUACUUUGUCCAAUAUCAUUGAAAAUUCAAAUUUUGGAUCGCCAGACCUUAUUAAAAAGGUUAAAGUCAUCAUAUACCAACUUAUCUGUGUCAUUGCAAAUUUGGAACUUAAAUUCAUAUUGCCAUUGAAAUCCAGUAAAAUAUACUUCCUAUCAGGCCGUGUAAUAUUAGACGUAGGUAUACCACCAGCUUUGCUAGGAAAUACAUUGACAAAUUUUCUGAAAGAAAAAACAGUUACGACAAUCGCAUCAGAGCUAUGGGACAAGCCAAUUGAAUGGUAUCUCCCUCCUGAAGCAAAUGGCUGUGUAAAUUUUACUAAUCAAACUGAUAAAAUCUCAAAAGCACACACUUAUAUGAUUGGCAAGAUAUUUCAAGAAUCCAUUGGCAAUGUUGAAGAUUUGCACAUCAAAUCAUUUUUAAAUACUUGCCUGGAGCCCAAUCCAGAGAAUAGGCCAACGCUUAAAGCACUGAAGAAAUUUCAUAUAUUCAAGAGCAUACAUACAAACUACGGUCUAAUAGCUGGACUUGAAGUGCCAAAAGUUAAAUGUGCAGUGGAAGUAUUCGGAGACGUCGCUACGAUUGUGAAUAACAAGAUUAGGAAGAGGGAGAAAGGCGUGGCGGAUUAUGAGACGCUGGAUAUUGAUUAG